AUGAUUGACAAGAGUUGGAUUGAGAGUCCAAUUAAAUCGAAAGAAUUCUCAGAUGGUGUAGUUCAAUUUUUGGAAUUUGCCUUUUCAAAUGCAUCUAUUGAUGGAAAAAUUUUAUGUCCUUGUAUUAUAUGUGGAUUUUCUGUUAUGUGCAAUAGAGCUGAAGUAUUCAGUCAUCUGCUUCAAAGGGGGUUUCCAGAAAAGUACACAUAUUGGCAUAUGCAUGGUGAAAAACAUGUUCAAUGCAAUGUAGAAUCAAUAUCCCAAGUACAAAAUGAGUCGACUAGACAAUAUCCUAUGAAUGAUAUGUUGAAUGAUGUUUUUGGUAUCUUUGACAAUAAUGAUCCAUCAAAUCUACCAAAUAAUGACAAUUCUAGAGGUUCUGAAGAGAGGAGUCAAGAAGAGACAGAGAAAAUUAAGAAGUUGUUGGAGGAUGGGAAUCAAGAACUUUAUGAUGGUUGUACAAAAUAUAGUAAGUUGUCAUUCAUUGUUCGUUUUUAUCAUAUUAAGGUCUUAUGUGGUGCAACAGAUAAAACAUUUUCAAUGAUUCUUGAUCUUUUAAAAGAUGCAUUUCCCCAUGUGAAACUACCAUCAUCAUUUUAUGAGUCAAAAAAGAUGAUUAAGAAGUUAGGUUUGGGCUAUGAAAAGAUUGAUGCAUGUCCAAACCAUUGUAUGUUAUAUUGGGGAUCAUCAGAGGAUGAGAGUAGAGAUAAAUGCAAGGUCUGUAAUACUUCCAGGUUUAUGUCAAAUGAAAAUGAUAUUGGUGCAAAUGUUAUACUUGAUGACCAACAUAGAAAGAAACCAAAGUCAGCUAAAGUGUUGCGGUACUUCCCACUUAUACCUAGGCUGAAAAGGCUAUACAAGUGCUCUAAAACUGCGAACUCUUGA